UAAAUAUUUAUUAUACACCGGUAAUAAUGGCGUCGCCAUAUAAACUGCGGUCUACCAUUGUAGGACAUGAAAAUGAUGUAAGAACACUGACCACUUGUCCACUUCACGAAGAUAUUAUAAUAUCAGGGUCCAGAGAUUGGACGACUCGAGUAUGGACCGCUAAUAAAAGUAAUGGUUUUCAAGAAAGAUGUAAAAUUCAAGACCAUGCCAAUUUUGUGUCCAGUGUGUGUGUGAUUCCACCAACUACAUCACAGGAGGGUUUGAUGAUUACUGGCAGUAAUGAUAAAUCUAUUAUUGUCUAUGACCUAGACACUUUUCAGAAGCUUUAUCAACUAACUGGUCAUGAAGGAACUGUCUGUGCUCUAACUUCUGGGAAAGCUGGUACAAUCAUCAGUGGCUCUUGGGAUAAAACUGCCAAAGUAUGGAUGAAUAAACAGUGUGCCAUGACUCUUGAAGGUCACGAGGCAGCUGUAUGGGUUGUGAGGUAUAUUUCUGCCCUUGAUCUUCUGCUCACUGGUUCUGCAGAUAAAACAAUACGUGUGUGGCGAGAUAAUAAAUGUGAAUCUGUUAUAAGAGGUCAUACCGAUUGCGUGAGAGACAUUGCCAUCCUUGACAACAACCAGUUCCUAUCUUGUUCUAAUGAUGGGACCAUUCGCCGAUGGCUACUCAGUGGGGAAUGCAUCCAUGUUUAUAAUGGACACAGCAGCUUUGUCUACAGUUUAGCUUUGCUACCAAAUGAGGACGGAUUUGUUACUACUGGAGAAGACAAAACUCUGCGUGUUUGGCAAAACACUUCAUGUGUCCAGACCGUCUUACAUCCAUGCAAUUCUGUAUGGUCUGUGUGUGUCCUACAGAAUGGAGAUAUUAUCACUGGUGGAAGUGAUGCCAUGAUACGAGUGUUUACCCAAUGUAAUGACCGUAUGGCCAGUGUUGAAGACCAAAAGACAUACAAUGAUCUGGUAACUCUCAGUAAUGCGCCCUCUAAAAUAGCUGGAAUGAAGAUGGAAGACAUUCCUGGUUUGGAAGUCUUAAGAAAACCUGGUCAAGCUGGUCAGCAGCGAAUGGUGAGAGAUGGUGAUAAAAUAAUAAUGUAUGUAUGGAACACUAACAGUGAACAGUGGGAUUUACUUGGAGAUGUCACAGGAUCAGGUUCCGAUGACCAUGCUCCACAAGGGAAAACAUUGUACAAAGGAAAGGAAUAUGAUUAUGUUUUUAGUGUGGACAUAGACCCAAAUAUCCCAGCUUUGAAAUUACCAUACAACCUAGAUGAGAAUCCAUGGUCAGUGGCAAAUGACUUCUUACAGGCCAAUGACUUGAGUCCAAUGUUCUUAGACCAAGUAGCUAAGUUUAUUAUCGAUAACUCUAAAGCAGCCCAGCCACAUGUUGUUUCAACACAACCUUACAGUGAUCCUUUGACUGGAAGUUCUCGUUAUAUACCACCAGAUUUAAUUACUGGAAAUGAAACUCAAUACACUCCAGCCAACUCCUUUUUUCCCAGGUAUGCUUUCCUUACAGUUGAUGCAGCCAAUGAGAAACAAAUACUUGAUAAGCUGCAUGAGUUCAACAAGAAAACUGGGCAUCUUCAAAUUCCAGAAUCUUCUAUCAAUGAACUUUCACCUCUGAUCUUAGGAACAUCUUCAACACCAGAACUAUUGACAACUUUAAAUUCACUCUUGAAAUGGCCUAAAGAUUAUAUUUUCCCAGCACUGGAUGUUCUACGAAUUGCAAUUAAAUCAGAAGCAGUGAAUCAAUAUUUUUGCACUCCAGGAAAUGGCAAGGAGAUUGUUGAGUUUCUGAAAAAUAUGAGUGACUCUGAGCAAUCAAAUGCCAACAAAACUGUAGCUUUACGAAUAUUGGCUAACGUCUUUGUACAAAAACCAGGAGAAACAGCUUGUCUCAGUGAAAGGGAUUCAAUUUGGGUAUUACUUAACAAUUGCAUACCUGGUGCAACUAAAGGUAUCCAGAUUGCUUUGACAACAGUGCUUUUGAAUUACUCAAUCAUCUACCUCAGUAAAAAUGACCAUGAUGGUAAAUCCCAAUGCCUGACAAUCACUAAAAAGCUCUUUGAAGAAGAAAAGCUAGACCAAGAAGCUAUAUUCCGUCUUUUAGUAAUGCUCGGAAACCUAUUACAUAAUGAUGAAAUAGCACUUGGUAUUGCAGCAUCUUUAGGAUUUGAGAAACACAUUCAGCCAUUGCUGGAUACUAAAAUGAAUGUUGAAAAAGUCAGCAGUUGUGCUAAAUAUUUGCUGGAAAGGUUGAAAGUCAUGUAAAACAGAUUAUUUCAUUUUAUCAGUGACUGUCUUACAAAGCUUUACUCUACUUCCUUGUUUUAACAUCAGACUGCUUAAGUACAUUUUAUCACAUAAAGCUAUCUAGUAAAUUAAUGGUAUCUAAAGGCAAAAAGAAAAUAACAUCAGCAAUUAAAUAAAAAUUAUUUCUUAAAAUAUCAAAUCUAUAUAUAAUUUAUUCUAUAAUCAAGAAAGGAAUUUUUUUCUCUCUGAUUGGUGAUGUGAAAUUUAACAGCGUACAUUUUCUGGAAUGUUAGUAAACCAAGAAAUAAAUGCAUAAAUUUGGGGGUUUUACUUGUUUGGCAAAUAAUUUGUUCUGGGACUGUGUGUAGAAUCUGAAAUAAUUACUUCUUGAUAGUCAUUGAUAUCCAUUUAAGACAUGUACGUGUAUAGGCAAUGGCAGGCUAUAUGUGGUUAAGAAGUUGGCUUCAUAAUGUUGUGGUUUCAAGUUCAGUCUCACUGCUUAGCACACUGGGCAAGUGUUUUCUACUAUACAUCUGGACUGACCAAUACCUUUUGAAUGUAAUUUGUUGACAAAUUAUUUGAAAGUCUGUUCUGUGGGGUGGGGUGCAUGCUCAUAUAUGCAAAUGUUUAUAUUCCUUGCCAACAUUACAACUGGUUACUUUACACUUUCAAAGACUGGUGCAAUAAAAAAAUUUCUUAGCUUAAAAAACUGGUUAGGGUUGCUGAUAGCAAGGUCAUUUGGCCUUCCAGUUUAUGCUCUUGUAGAAAAUUAGGUAUUAUAUGAAAGAAUGGGGGAAGAUUAUUAGCUUUAAUUAAAUUUCACUGAGACUGAAACAUACAGAUAUGUCUUUGUAGACAGAAGAGUCAGAUUUUGCAUUGUCAACUUGUACGAAGCAAUCCAUUUAACAUUGACUGUCCUUAAUAAGGACAAUCAAUUGUUCAAUAAGUUGGAACUCAUUGAACACAGCAUCUCACUUUGAAAUCAAAAUCAACAAUUUCAUACUUUAUUCCUUUCCUUGUUUCAGUCAUUUAACUGUGGCCAUGCUGGAGCAUCGCCUUUAGUCAAACAAAUUGACCCCAGGACUUAUUCUUUGUAAGCUUACUUAUUCUAUCAGUCUCUUUUAACGAACCACUAAUUUAUACAAGUUCAUUAAUUAUUCAAGAAGCUUUGUAGGGUGGAAGGAAUAUUAAGUUUCUAGAUGUGUUUGAAAUAACAUAUACUGAUAGGUCACACUUCAAUAGAAUCUCUGCAUGAAAUAAUACUUUUGUAAGUUCAGUUCCUGCAUAAACACUCAUACAUAUCUGUUAAUAAUCAGAAUUUAAACUUUAUUGUCUAAAUAACUGAGAUGAGUUAUUAAUAAAAUUAUAAUUAUU